AUGGAGACUGCCGAACCGGUUGCCUAUGAGUUCCCUGGCCAUGGUGUGGGCUCAUUCCCACAUCGUCGUGCAGUGGACUCGCCUCUAUACUCCUACUAUUCCCACCCAACUUCGGCCCCGUACACGCUGCCCUUCCAACCAACACCCACAUCGGCCGCAUAUAGCUUUGGCUCGGGGGCCUUGAGUCAACCCUCGCAUCCUUACCAAUACUUCAUGAACACCCAACCAUCGCUGGGCUCGCCAGUACGCUUGUCAUCAGACAACCACCAGCCUCAACAUGCUCAUCACCACGCCCACCAUCACCAGCAGCAACAUCAAUCACAGCAGCACCAUUCACAACAACAGCAUCACCAGCCCCAACCACCCCCACUGCAAUCACUGCCAGAAAUAAGGCCUGCAAAGAACGCCAUCAACCCACUCACCACGCGGACCGUCGACUAUAGCCCAGCGAACAAUCAACCCUCCUCAACAGGAGGCGAUCCAGCCUCAAAGAAGCAAGGCAAAGAAGCCGAAUUUUCAACCGAAGUCGACGUCCUGAUGAAAGCAAUCCAGUCCAAGCCCGGAACCUCGACAUCACCGGUACCCAUGCAGCAGUCCCUGCCACCACUGCAGCAGCUGGCACCACCGGGAUAUCCAAGCUACGCUGGCUAUCCGAUGUCACCGCCUCGCAGCUUGCUCACUAAUGAGGGACAACUGUCACGGUCUGGCAAGAAGCGCAAGUAUACUUGCACGUUGCCGAACUGCGGGAAGAGCUUUGCGCAAAAGACGCAUCUGGAUAUUCAUAAUCGGGCGCAUUCGGGGGAGAAGCCUUUUAUCUGCAAGGAGCCCUCAUGCGGGCAGCGAUUCUCCCAGUUAGGAAACCUCAAGACCCAUCAACGACGGCACACGGGGGAGAAGCCCUUCAAAUGCGAAAUCUGCCACAAGCGCUUUGCACAGCGGGGCAACGUUCGCGCCCAUCAAAUCACCCACCUCCAAGCAAAACCAUUUACCUGUCUCCUCGAUGCCUGCGGAAAGAAUUUUACACAACUGGGUAACCUCAAGUCCCACCAAAAAAAAUUCCACUCCACAACCCUCCGCGAUCUAACCCUCCGCUUCGCACAAAUGGGCGACGCAGGCCCCAUGAACCCCGCAGACCGCGAACUAUGGGAGUACUUCGCCGAACUAUACAAAAACAGCAACAAGGGCAUCAAAGGUCGUGGUAAAGAUCGGCGAAUUGCCACGACGAGUACCCACGGACACGGUCUUAGCCGUGCGCACGGGCAUGGGCAUGGACAUGGGCCUAUCCGCGGCGUUGCGGGGAGAAUGUCCUCUAUGGAGUCUGAGGAAGAUAGACGCGUGUAUGAAGAUGGAAUGGGGAUGUAUGCGGGUGCGAGUCCGAAUGGGGGAUCGAGUAGUGAGGGAGAAGAGGGG